AUAUUAUCCCCCUCGGUCUGUGUUGCAUCUCAUCUCGGAGACCCUCGCUGUUUUUGGGUGAAGUAUCACAAGCGUCGCUACAUCGAAGCAGGUGUUGGAAACCCAGGCUAAACAUGGCUUACGGAUUUAUCUCCAGUAUCUUUCUGUGGACCACCUUUUCGGCCGUUCUUUUGAAAGCGGCUCAGAGUCAGAACCUGAUGACUGAUAACGUGUCGGUGGUGGAGGGGGAGACGGCCAUCAUCAGCUGCAGGGUGAAGAACAACGACGACUCCGUCAUCCAGCUGCUCAACCCCAACAGACAGACCAUCUACUUCAGAGACAUGAGGCCCUUGAAAGAUGCCAGAUUCCAGCUGGUGAACUUCUCUGAGAACGAGCUGCGGGUUGCUCUGACCAACGUGUCACUCUCCGAUGAGGGCAGAUAUGUGUGUCAGCUAUACACAGACCCCCCGCAAGAAGCCUACGCAGAUGUUACUGUACUGGUUCCACCUGGUAACCCCAUCAUCGAGGGCCAGGAGAAGCCGGUAACCGAGGGCAACGAGACGGAAAUGACCUGCACAGCAGCCAGCAGCAAACCAGCUGCCAAGAUCCGCUGGCUGAAGGGAGACCAGGAGCUGCCUGGAACCUCCCAGGUGGAGCCCACCUAUGACAACAUGUACACUGUCAGCAGCCGUCUCCGGGUAACUGUAACCAAGGAAGAUGAUGGGGUUGCCGUGCGCUGUAUCGUAGAGCAUCCUGCUGUCAAAGACUUCCAGGCACAGAGGAUUCUGGAAGUGGAGUAUAAGCCAGAGGUGAAGAUCUUGGUGGAGUAUCCCAGGGGUCUUACAAGAGAGGGGGAGAACCUAGAACUCACCUGCAGAACCCGCGGCAAACCUGAGCCACAGAAAGUGAACUGGAUAAAGGUGGACGAUGAUGUUCCGUCACACGCAGUCAUCACCGGGUCGGACCUGCUCAUCGAGAACCUUAACAAAUCCUACAACGGAACGUACAGAUGCGUGGCGGCCAACUCUAUCGGCGAAUCAUACGACGACUACAUUCUAUAUGUGUAUGACGCUCCGACCACACCCCCUCCCCCAAGCACAGCCCCGCCCACCACCAUCACCACCACCCCCCUCCCAGACACUACCCAAGGUGGCAGGCUGUGA